ACCAGCUGUGUGCCUGAGCCCCGACACCGCGCUCCCCACCAGGCUCUGGGGACAGACAGGCCAGGCUCUGCACAACCUGCCGAGCCCGUGGGGCUCCCUCCAGGAAGAGCCUCCCCGGGACCCCGCUGCAGGACAGCGAGGGCUCCGGACGUGGCUGCAGUGGAGGCAGCUCCCGCUGUGGAGUGGAGGCGUGGGACCAUGUGAGCGGAACGCCCAACUCCAGGGUCUCGUUGGGAGACUUGCAGGCACAAGACAGGUUGUCCGGGAGGGGGGCCGUGCCCCAGGAUGGAAGAGUCCCCUGAGUGCGCACCGCAGGGCCGGGGCCCAGUGCUGGUCCGCCGGCGGCCCCCGGAGCCCCCAGGCCUGCGUGAGGCUCUGAAGGCCAGGCUGCGGCGGGGCUGCACGUGCAGCGUGCAGGGGGCCUGGGCGCUGCUGCAGGGCCUGUUCCCCGCCAUGCACUGGCUCCGGCGCUACCGGGCGAGGGAGGACCUGGCAGGCGACGUCAUGUCGGGGCUGCUCAUCGGUAUCAUCCUGGUGCCGCAGGCCAUCGCCUACUCGCUGCUGGCCGGGCUGCAGCCCGUCUACAGCCUCUACACGUCCUUCUUUGCAAACCUCAUCUACUUCCUCAUGGGCACCUCGCGCCACGUCUCGGUGGGCAUCUUUAGCCUGCUCUGCCUCAUGGUGGGCCAGGUGGUAGACCGGGAGCUCCUGCAGGCCGGCUUCGACCCUGCCCAGGACGGCCUGGGGCCCGAAGCCAACAGCAGCGCCCCCAAUGCCUCAGUCACCCCACUGGCGCUCGGGCUGCCGGACUGCGGGCGGGACUGCUACGCCAUCCGCGUCGCCACUGCCCUCACGCUGGUGGCCGGGAUUUACCAGGUCCUCAUGGGCAUCUUCCGGCUGGGCUUCGUGUCCGCCUACCUCUCACAGCCUCUGCUGGACGGCUUCGCCAUGGGGGCCUCGGUGACCAUCCUGACCUCGCAGCUCAGGCAUCUGCUGGGUGUACAGGUCCCACGGCACCAGGGCCCAGGUCUGGUGAUCAGCACGUGGCUGAGCCUCCUGCGCGGCGCCGGGCAGGCCAACCUGUGCGACCUGCUCACCAGCGCCGUGUGCCUGACCGUGCUGCUGGCCGCUAAGGAGCUCUCGGACCGCUGUCGGCACCGCCUGAAGGUGCCGCUGCCCGCAGAGCUGCUGGUCAUCGUGGGGGCCACGCUUGCGUCCCACUUUGGGCGCUUCCACCAGCGCUUCGGCUCCAGCGUGGCUGGUGACAUCCCCACUGGUUUCGUGGCCCCACGGGUGCCAGACUUGGGGCUGAUGUGGCGUGUGGCGCCGGAUGCCGUGUCACUGGCCCUCGUGGGUUCUGCCUUCUCCAUCUCGCUGGCGGAGAUGUUCGCCCGCAGCCACGGCUACUCCGUGCGUGCCAACCAGGAGCUGCUGGCCGUGGGCUGCUGCAACGUGCUGCCCGCCUUCUUCCACUGUUUCGCCACCAGCGCCGCCCUGGCCAAGAGCCUGGUGAAGACGGCCACCGGCUGCCGCACGCAGGUGUCCAGCGUGGUCAGUGCCGCCGUGGUGCUGCUGGUGCUGCUGGCACUGGCACCGCUGUUCCGGGACCUGCAGCGGAGCGUGCUGGCCUGCAUCAUUGUCGUCAGCCUGCGGGGGGCGCUGCGCAAGGUGAGGGACGUCCCUCGGCUGUGGCGGCUCAGCCCAGCCGACGCUCUGGUCUGGGUGGCCACUGCUGCCACCUGCGUGCUGCUCAGCACCGAGGCCGGGCUGCUGGCCGGCGUCCUCCUCUCCCUGCUCAGCCUGGCUGGCCGCACACAGCGCCCACGGGCCACCUUGCUCGCCCGCGUCGCGGAUUCCAGCUUCUACGAGGAUACCGCGGAGUUCGAGGGCCUGGUCCCCGAGCCUGGCGUGCAGGUGUUCCGCUUUGCAGGGCCACUCUACUACGCCAACAAGGACUUCUUCCUGCAGUCACUCUACCGCCUCACCGGGCUGGACGCGGGGCGUGCAGCCUCCAGGAGGAGGGAGCGGGGCCCGGGGGGGCAGGGGGGCCGAGGAGAGCCUGUCGAGAGCAGGGACCUGGGCCCUGUGAGCAGCGCGGCCGCGCUGGUGCCCACGGCGACCUGCUUCCAUGCGGUGGUCGUGGACUGCGCCCCGCUGCUGUUCCUGGACGCCGCUGGCCUGGCCACGCUUCAGGACCUGCGCCGGGACUACGGGGCCCUGGGCAUCAGCCUGCUCCUGGCCUGCUGCAGCCCCUCGGUGACGGACACCCUGAGGCGAGGCGGCUUCCUGGGGGAGGAGCCUGGGGACGCAGCCGAGGAGGGGCAGCUGUUCCACAGCGUGCACAGCGCUGUGCUGGCGGCCCGAGCCUGCCACGGGGAGCCCGCGGCCACCGAUUCCACCCUCUAGAAGAGCCAGCGCCGCCACCAGCCUCCAUGCACACCAUCAGUCCCUGCAGUCUCGCUGUCCCCACCCUGCAGGCACCAGGGAACCCCGAGUGGGACGGGGAGGCCGGCGAUGUGAACACACUAAGGGCCCAGGCACUUAGGAAACCACAGCCGCACCUCUGAGACGGGCGGCGCCACGUUGGGCCCAGUGCUGGGCGGCCGUGGUCCGUGGAGCUGGUGUGACACUCAGUCUCCUGUCUCACUUGAACAAGGACCUCGAGGCAGUCACCCAGCCUCCAAGGUGCCAGAAGGACAUUGGUCCCUUGGCCCGCCAGCCCCCACCCCAGCAGGUGAGAGCUGGCAGCCCUGGCCAGGGGCCUGAGGGUCUCUGUGGCUCUGGAAACCCAGCAGUGCACACACACAAUGCACACAUUUCUCACACCUCCUGCCUCAGCCCCACUGGCCUUGCGGGGCCCUAGGCAGCUGUGACCGACACAACCUCAGCCUGGCCCUUGGCACGGCAUCCCUGCACGGCCUGACCUUCGAGCACACAGCACGGCGCAUGGGUGCCCUCCCGCCGUCACGGGGUCAGCUGCGCCUCCAGGGUGGCCUCCGGCAGGAAACCAGUGUGCCCGAUGCAGAGCCCCCCGCCCCAGCACCACGGUGCCAGUGGAGCCGGACGGUGUCCUCCGUGCUCCCCUCCCUGCAGGACACUCAGCCAAGAGGCGGAGGGGCCGUGGCUCCUUGGAGCAGGAGUCCCCAGCCCCGGUGCCCCCACCCAGGGUCCCAUACUGCACUGUCCACACCCAGGCGCCACCCCUCUCGGUCUCAGCCUUCAUCUCCAGACCACGGGCUGUGCCCAGAGGCCCCCGGGCCGCCCAUUCCUCCAUCACCCACCUGGCUGUGACGAGGCCCAGCAGCCAGUGGGCCCGAACCUGCUGGAUACCACCAUGAGGGACGGCGCCCACGUAGGCCAGGUUGAGCUGCUGGUCCCAGCUGAGGUCAUACCGGUGAGCCUGGCUGUGCGGCAGGGGGGGACUGGGCACGAAACAAGGGGGAGCGGGGGUGUUAGUCCUGAGGGCAGGGCCAGAGCAGCUGCCUCGGCACCCCCACAAGUUCAGGGCUGAGACUGGCGUGUCCCCUGGCCAGUUUUACUGUCCUGAUGUAAUAAAAAGACCUCUGACGUCAGGAA